AGAGUUCUACUGUAUAGCCCCUCUACCACGCUGUAGUCGCGAAACACCGAGCUGAGCACCCGAAAACUCCGCAACGCUAAGGAAUUUGCAUUGGUGGUCUGAAAUGUCUUCAUCAUUCAUUCUUUUGUAGAUCUGGCCAAUUAAUUUCCUCUAAAGCAGAGGGCCUGAGCGCCGGGCCGAUUUUGCCGCGCAAAUUCUAGUCACCCCGACCCUCUAUCCUAGCAUAGCAGGAUGGCUCUUGCAGCUCAGGACAUGUCGGCCAUGGCCAAGAUGGACGAGGUAAUGGCCGUGCCGAGCAACCGGCUAAAGACAGACGGCACUGUGGACGGGCGGGACGCACCCUGGGUGGAGAAGUACCGACCAAAGAAGCUCGACGACGUGGCCGCGCACAAGGAGAUUAUCGACACGAUCAAGCGUCUGACGGUGGAGAACCGGCUGCCGCAUCUGCUGCUGUACGGGCCGCCCGGCACCGGCAAGACCUCCACCAUCCUGGCGGUAGCCCGCCAGAUCUACGGCAACAGCCUGGCCAACAUGACGCUGGAGCUCAACUCCUCGGACGAGCGCGGCAUCGGCGUGGUACGCCAGGAGAUCCAGGACUUUGCGUCCACGCGCAGCGUGUUCAGCAACAAGUUCAAGCUAAUUAUCCUGGACGAGUGUGACGCCAUGACGCAGGACGCACAGGCGGCGCUGCGGCGAGUGAUUGAGAAGUACACCCGUAACGCACGCUUCUGCCUCAUCUGCAACUACGUGUCAAAGAUCAUCCCCGCGCUGCAGUCCCGCUGCACCAAGUUCAGGUUCGCGCCUCUGAGCCCGCAAUUCGUGCGCGAGCGGUUGCAGUACGUGGCAGACAUCGAGAAGAUGAAGCUGGGCCCGGGCGGCCUGGAUGCGGUGGUGCAGCUGGGCAGUGGCGACAUGCGCCGCUCGCUCAACAUCCUGCAGUCCUGCCACAUGGCGUUUGACACGGUGGACCAGUCGGCGGUGUACACGUGCACCGGCAACCCCCUGCCCGCCGACAUCGAGCGGGUGCUCACGUGGCUGCUCAACGACCGCGUGGCGGAGGUGUUUGCCAACAUCCUGAAGCUGCAGGUGGACAAGGGCAUUGCACUGGUGGACAUUGUGCGCGAGCUGCACCCGUUUGUGAUGGCUCUAAGCAUCCCGGUGCCUGCCAAGGUGGCGCUGGUGGAGCGGCUGGCGGACGUGGAGCACCGCCUGGCCUUCAGCACCAGCGAGAAGCUGCAGCUGGGGGCGCUGGUGGCGGCCUUCGUGCGGGCGAGGGAGACCAUCGCGGCGGCAGCCAAGUGAUGAUGGGGAGGAGGAGGGGAAGGAGGAGGAGGAGGAGGCGUGAGGAGGAGGGGGGGGGGGGUGUUGCGCAUUGCAUGAGGGCGGAAGGGAACGGAGGUGCAGGGCUUGAGCUGCAGGGGGCUGGGUGUGGCCGUGUGGGGGUUGAAUUUAGCACGCUGGCUAUGUGUGAGUGCUGGACUCAUGCAUUUGGGCAUUCGAUGCAAUGGUUGAUCUAUGGUUGCACAGUGUCGCGUAUGACAGCGGGGGCUUGGCAGUCGACGUGGGAACGGGGCGCGGUAGCGGUGCGGGCGCCGGUUGCGGUUGUGCCCAGGGUUGUGCCAGAGGCCUCACGCGGGCCCUCACGGCGGGCCCUGUUAUAAGGCAGGAUGUGUGGCGGCUCGCAGUGAGCAGUGCAGUGUGCGUAAAUGGUGCCCAGGCGACUGCAAGGGCGCGAGGGGAAGGAUGCGCGUGCACCGGGGCCUCGCCGACCAGUCCGUUAGCGGGCAACGGCGAAAGGCUGUUCGUGCAACCGCCUUGCAACGCGCGCGAACGACGCACCAAUGCCUUGUCCCUUCUUGCUACGCAUUUAUGUGGGCACGGGUGGGAGCCACACACAUCGGGACUACGCUUUCCUGCCCCUUGCCAUGUUCCAUCACGAGCAACCGCCUUGCAACCUGCUUCUAGCGUUGUGUCGCCGACUUUGUGCUGAGGGCUGCACUGCAUAAGGACAGGCAACGCCAGCGCCCGCAAACCCUACGGCGCGCCCGAACUGCGGAUUCCGCGGAAUCGGUGGCGAUUCGGCCAAAUGAACAGUUGGGCGCGCAACACCCAUAGAAA